CAUUUUAUUUUAUAUCUUCAAAAUAUUCAACGAAAUUAAACUUUUGAGCAGAAUGAUUGACAUCAGGUCAUUCCAUUGCUAUUUGAUCGCAGGAGAUGCGCUUGUUGGAAAAACGGCGAUCACUCAAAUGUUUUUGUCAGAUGGUGCAAAAUUUCCAAAAACUUACAAUUUGACAACCAAUAUAGAAUUAAACUCAAAAUUGUUCUCAAUACCCGGAGAAAGUGCAGACCACAAAGUGCAAUUUAUUAUUUAUGACACUUCUGGCCACGAUAUCUACAACGACAUUAUAAGAAAAUGUUUAAAUAAAAAAUGCGACGUUGUGCUUUUGGUGUACGACGUCACCUCGACUGCCAGUUUCGAAAAUUUAAAGGAAUGGAUCAAACUGAUUUCUGAAGCUGAAACAAUCGGGAAAGACAAAAUGCCAAUUUUCGUUUUGGGCAACAAAUCUGAUCUGCACAACAGAAGAACGGUUUUUCUUGAAGGAGACAAGUCUGAAGAAAUGAUGAAGGAGUUUGAAGUUCUGCAAACGGUCGAAGGCUCUGCUAAAAAUUAUGAAGGAGUCCAUGAAAUUUUCACAGCCAUGGCGCAGUACCUUGUGGAAAACUCGUAAAGAAGAAAAAACAAUUCAAACAGCAAAAUUACUCUGUCUUAAAAAUUUAAUUUUAUUAUUUUCAAUGUAAUGCAAGUCAAAUCGCCUUUUACAAUAAAAUAAUCAAAGUCAAAUGCGA